AUGAUGGCGGACGUAACUGUGAGGGUUCGUCUGGUGUUUCAGAUGGAUGAGUUCGUUUUACCGCCGUUUGAGUCGAGCUGUGUGUUAAAGGAUAAAGACAUUGUUUGUGAGGAGAAUGUUUGUGCUGCGAUUGAAGUUAAAGAGAGGGCUCGGAUUCUUCCUGAUGCAGUGGUUCUUGCUAAUGAGGAAACUGGAGGAGAUGAAAGCGAGUUUGAGGAAGAAGAGGUUUUACCGGAGAAGAAGACUUCAAAGAAACGUAAAGGGUCGAGCAAAAGCCCAAGCUCCAAGUAG